AUGUACCGUCAGAUUUUAGUUGAUACACGAGAUACAGAUUUUCAACGCAUUUUAUGGCAUCCCUCGUCACAACAGUCCGUUGAGGAGUAUCAACUCCGUACCGUCACGUAUGGCACUAAAUCAGCUCCUUAUCAAGCUCUUCGCUUUUUAAACCAGCUGGCACUGGACGAAGGUCAUCAAUAUCCUCUAGCUCUUCCAGUAUUAAAGGAUCAAACUUACGUCGACGAUUGUCUCUUCGGAGCAGACGACAAAGAUCUCUUGCGAACAAUUCGCGACCAAACCAUAAACCUGUUAAACAAAGGCGGCUUUCGUUUACGAAAAUGGGCCGGUAAUGACCCAACUCUAUUAAAUGAUAUCGAUCCGCGCGAUCACGGUCUUGCUAAAAAUAAACUCCUUAAUAUCGAGGAGACCUACUCAGUUUUAGGUUUAGAAUGGAAUCCAGUGCUCGAUCACUUUCAAUUUCGAGUCACCAUUUCUUCGAAUCUUGCCAAUACGAAACGGACAAUUCUCUCUCAAAUUGCAAAACUUUUCGACCCGAUGGGGUUGUUAACUCCAGUCGUCAUACCCGCGAAAGUGUUCAUGCAAAAAUUGUGGUCACUCCAAUAUGAUUGGGAUAACAUUCUUCCUAACGACGUUCUCCUAGAAUUGCAAGAUUACUACACUCAUUUACCAGAUUUGAAUAAGAUCACGAUUCCUCGCAAAACAGCCAAUGGCAUCGCGCUACAUCAGGAAAUCCACGGAUUCGCCGAUGCAUCCACUAAAGCCUAA